AUGUCACUCAGCGUGGGGCAGCCCAAUGCCACCUCGUGGAGGGGCUUUGUCUUCCUGGGCUUCUCCAGCUUCGGGGAGCUGCAACUCCUGCUCUUUGUGCUAUUCCUCUGCCUGUAUCUUGUCACCCUAACCAGCAACGUCUUCAUUAUCAUAGUCAUCAGGCUGGACAGCUAUCUUCACACUCCCAUGUACCUAUUCCUUUCUUUUCUGUCUUUUUCUGAGACCUGCUACACCUUGGGCAUCGUCCCCAGAAUGCUCUCCGGCCUGGUCAUGGGAGACCAGCACAUCUCUUAUGUGGGCUGUGCUGCCCAGAUGUUCUUCUCCGCCUCGUGGGCUUGUACCAAUUGCUUCCUUCUGGCUGUCAUGGGCUUUGACAGAUACGUGGCCAUCUGUGCCCCGCUGCACUAUGACAGCCGCGUGAAUCCCAUCCUCUGUGCCCAGCUGAUUGGCAUUUCCUUCCUCAAUGGUUACCUCUUUGGGCUGGGAAUGACACUGGUCAUUUUCCACCUCCCAUUUUGCAGCUCCCAUGAGAUCCAGCACUUUUUCUGUGACACGCCACCAGUGCUAAGCCUGGCCUGCGGGGAUACACGCCUGAGUGAGCUGGGGAUCCUCAUCCUCAGCUUGCUGGUCCUCCUGGUGUCCUUUCUCUUCAUCACCAUCUCCUACAUCUUCAUCCUGGCCACAAUACUAAGGAUCCCCUCGGUUCAGGGGCGGAAGAAGGCCUUCUCCACCUGUGCCUCACACCUCACCGUGGUCAUAGUUCACUAUGGCUGUGCCUCCUUCAUGUACUUGAGGCCCAAAGACAGUUACUCUCUUGAGCGGGAUCAGCUUAUUGCUGUCACCUAUACUGUGGUGACUCCUCUCCUCAACCCCAUUGUUUAUAGUCUGAGGAAUCGGGCUGUGCAGACAGCUCUGAAAAAUGUUUUCCAACGUAGAUUGCUGGGGAAAGGAUGA